CCAGUUGCCGAUCUUUUGGUUUGGAUAUAUCUAUUGCAUUUUCAUGCCAGUUUUAAACAGUGAACUUAAGUUAAAUCAUAAUUAAAUAUUAAAGAAGUAGCGCGUAAAUAUACUUCAUGAAAGAAUAAACAAUUUAGCUUAAUUUUAUGUGUGAAAAAAUUGGUGAAAAUCAAAAAGGGCAAUAACGGCACUUUGUUAAUUCUACAUUCCCAUACACAUAGCUUUUGGCAUUUAUCAUGUUUCGUAGCGGCAGUAGUCUGGAAAGCAAUAUACCAAUGGACAAUAUAUCACCCUUCCACGGUAUUGGAGGUUUCAAUAUGUACUUGGAUACGGCUUCCCACAACAUUUCGCCACCUGUGUCGUCGGCAGCUUUGAGUCCUCCUACGACACCAUUGACACCGGAACCUACGAUGUCCCCGACUCAGUUUCCUUUACUGACGGACAGCAGCGAAGUAAAUAUGAACGCCUCUGCUGCCAGUACACUAUUCCUGCAGCGCCAGUAUCAUUAUCACCUGUUGCAACAGCAGCAGCAGCAAUUGGCUUUGGCGCAGCACCAAUUGGCAUUAGCUGCGUCUGCGGCUGCUGCGAAUCAUCAGCAAAAGGACGAAAUAGCACAUUCAUUAAAAAUGUUUGUGCUUGUGACUGCCUGCAAUGCAGAUAAAAAUAAUGGAUCUACACAAGAUGCGAUGCAGGAGUUUGCAGCCAAUGGAUAUGUGAGCGAUGAGUUCAAUUGUUUUCAGUAUAAUAAUCAAAGCUCCGCCACUCCGCAACCGUCACCUUUGCCUAGACAAUAUCCAUCUUGCAACUCAACGGCUUCGGCGACGUCUGCGGCAUCUUUUGUGCCGCCCUCAUCAGCAGCUCCCAAUUGGGUUAAUUUUAACAAUUAUCGGGAGCAGCUCAACAAUGUGUGGCGGAGCAUGUCCUACGUGCCAAAUUUGGCAACCACCGCAGGACUUGCUAUGACCACCCAAAAGAACAUUAAUAUUGGAUUGCCUAUGCCCCCGGAUCAUGUACGCAAUAUCAGCAAUGUGAAUGUGGCGAAUAACAAACUGCACAAGCGCUAUAAUAAUGGCAAGACCAAGGCAUUGGUGACCAAGCACUGUGUUUUCUGUGAAAACAACAAUGAACCCGAAGCUGUUGUCAACAGCCAUUCAGUGCGUGAUACGUACGGACGGGUGCUGUGUCCCAAGCUACGCACCUAUGUGUGCCCCAUUUGUGGAGCAUCCGGCGACUCGGCGCACACCAUUAAGUAUUGUCCUAAGAAGCCCAUUGUCACAAUGGAGGAUGCCAUUAAGGCAGAAUCAUUUCGACUUGCCAAAAGCAACUACUAUAAGCAACAAAUGAAGGUUUAAUUGUGGGAGAAGCUCUGGUAGUUUUUCAAACGUGUAUAUAAUCUCUAUAUAUACGUGAUCCACAUUGAAAUGCUCAAAGAUGAGCGAUAGUUUAAUGCGCCUGGCGCGUUCGUUUUCAUUAUAUUUUUUUUAAACAUUUCGGUCAGUUUAGUGUGUUAUCAUUAACAAAACACACAUUCAAACUUCAAAAUAUGUUUGUUCAUAAAUUCAAUAAUUUAAAAAUACUUACGAUAUCGUAAUAUUUGUAAAAUCGUAGCGGCCGAUACAAAUGUCUAAACACUGGCUUAUUGAUUUGUGC